AUGGCUGCAGUUACUAGAGCAGCUGUUACUAAGAUUGUUAAUGGUGAAAACGCUGACAUAACAGAUUGUCCAUGGCAAAUCUCUCUUCAGAGAAAUGAGAACGGUGCAGAUUGGAAACAUGUUUGCGGUGGUACAAUUAUUAAUGAAAGAUGGAUUCUAUCAGUUGCUCAUUGUUUUGAAAACCACUUAACAGCAAGCAACUAUAGAAUAGCAGCAGGUAGUUCUUUCUUGAGUCAGAUGACAGUUUUUAGAUCUAUAAAACAGAUUGUAGUGCACGAAGACUACAAAAAUCCAUUGGAAAAUGACAAUGACAUUAUGUUGUUGGAACUAGCAACACCGCUGACAUUUGGGUCUACCAUCAACAACAUUACCUUGGAUAAUAGUCAAAGCAAUGCUUUUGUAGGAGAUGAUUGUAAAGUAUCAGGUUGGGGAAAUACUGAUAAAGUAGGAGGUGAUUCAUAUCCUGAUCGUCUGCAAGUAGCACAUUUAGCUGUUGUCUCUCAAGAAUACUGUUCAACAUUCUACUUACCACCACAUCACAUCAUUAAUAUUGAUAGUAAAAAGAUCUGCCUUCAUGAAAACGGAACAGAUGUUUGUGAUGGAGAUAGUGGUGGACCAAUGAGUUGUAAAGCUGCUGAUGGGUCUACCAAACUUGUUGGGUUGACAUCGUUUGGUCCUGACAACUGUGAUGGAAGUGAUCCAGGAGUUUACACAAGAGUAUCUGCUUUCUUAGAUUGGAUAAGCAAUAAGAUGAUUAUGAUGCCGGAAAAAAAAGAUGACCCUGUUGACACAAAAGAUGAGCCAAAGAAGAAUAACGGAAAGAACAGGAAAAACAAGAAGAACAAGAACAAGAAAAACAAAAAUAACAAGAAAGGCAAGAAGAAUAAAAAAAAUUAGAAAGAUUGAUAAUCAAUAAAGUUAUCGGGCAUUUUAUAACCAGA